CCUUCCACCUACGUUGACGUGAUUCGCCCAUAGCCAAGGGUUACCUGGAAGAGAGAGCUUGUUAGUAAUAAGGCCACUUAUUGUCUCUUUUUGUUUAUCUGUGAGCUCAAAGUAUUUUGUAUUGUGAUGUGACAACCCUAGAUUCCCUGUAAUAUUCCAAACGAAACUGAAACUACCUAUUUCAAACUAAAAAUGUUAAUACCUAUUACCUGUGUAGGUAUAUAGCGUCUAGGUACUAGAGAGGUACGUGCUUCUAGUUUCCAGUAACACGCCGAAGUGUUCAACCGUAAUUUGAUGUGCCAGGAGGCUGAUCGAGAUAAAAUACCAGCAAUAAGAAAGUGAGCCGCUCGCUGAUGGAUGGAUAUCAGGAGGAGGAGGGCGGCAGCGCGCGCGCAGCGGACGCGGCCUUCCGCACAGUGCCGCGCGACCAGACCACCUUCCUCGUCUGGAGAAUCACGGAGACGAACACGGAGCUGCUGCCGCGGAACCACUACGGCACCUUCUACGACGCGGAGGCCUACCUGGUGUACUCGUGCUCGCUGCCGGGGCAGCCAGCGGGGCCUGAUGUCAUCCGUCGUGAAAUAAAAGAGAAUGGUAACGGCGAGUGUCCAGAGCGCCACAUCCACGCGUGGGCGGGCGAGCGCAGUGGAACCCUGUCGGGCGUGGCGCUCCGCCGCGGCACGCAGCUGGCGGCCUACCUGCACGCGCCCGUCGUCAUCCACAGGGAAGCUGCCACCAAGGAGACUCCACGCCUGCUGUCUUACUUUAGAGAUGGUAUCAGGAUCCUCCGUAGCAACUCAAUGAACAGCGGCGCGCGGCUGUACGUGGUGCGCGGGCGCCGGCCGGUGCUGCUGCAGCUGCAGCCGGUGUCGUGGUCGCAGCUGGCGGCCGAUGGCGUCUUCGUGCUUGACACGCCCGCCAACCUCGUGCUGUGGCUCGGACGUACCGCCAACCUCAUCGACAAGAUCUUCGGCGCUAAGAUAGCGUACCGCAUGGCCCGCGGCCCGGAUAAGGGCAUGUCAGCGCGCCGCAUCGCCAUCGCGCACGACGGGUAUGAGCAGACGCUGCCGGCGGGCGAUCGCGCGUUGCUAGACGCGUUGUUAGAGCUGCGCGCACGCUCCGUGCGCCCCGCCGCCCCGCCCGCCGACCCGCCGCGGCCCGCGAGACUAUACAGGGCAACCCAGCCGGCACGAGUGGCGCCUCUGACCAUGCCUUCACAGAGGCCGGCGGCGCGCCUCGAGGAGAUCAAGCGCGCGCCUCUCUACCGGGAGGACUUGGCUGACGAUGGUGUGUACGUAGUGGACAGCGGCAGUCGCGGCGUGUGGGCGUGGGUUGGAGCCAACGCAGGCGGCGCGGCGGCGCGCGGCGCUCUAGCUGCGGCCCGCGGACUGGCUCGCGCACGCCGCCUGGCCGGGCCCGUGUCGCUCACUGCUGCUGGUCAUGAGCCACUGGAAUUUGCCGCGCUCUUCCACGGAUGGCGCUGGUGUGACGCAAGACGCGACAGCAGACUGCGCGCCGCGAGGUGCGCCACUACAAGGCUCGAUGCCGUCAGCCUUGCUUCCAAUGCUUGGCUCGCUGCUGAGGCUCAGCUGCCAGACGACGGGUCGGGCGCGCUCCGCGUCUGGCGCGUGCGGCGCCGCGGCGAGGAGGGCGGCGCCCUGGCGGAGCUGGAGCGCCCGCAGAACGCCGCCUUCUACGACCGCGAUGCCUACAUCGCGCUCUAUACCUACCACGCGCCCACCGGCGACCAGUCCAUACUCUACUACUGGAUGGGUGGCUCUUCGCCAAAUGAUCUGAGGAAUUUGGGUGCCAAAGAAGCCAAAGACCUCUACGUUAAGUUGGGGCGUCUUCCCGUCCAGGCGUGGAUUUAUCAAGGCAAGGAACCGGCCCAUUUCCUGCAAAUCUUCAAGGGGCGCAUGAUCACUUACAUCGGCAGCGCUACAGACAUCGACCCGAGCGGCCGCCGUGUCCUAGCACCGUCACGUGCUCUGAUCCGCGUGUCAGGACAGUAUGCCCGCGAGGCGCGCGGGAUGGAAGUGAGGCAGGGAGCAGCGAGCAGCGGAGGCCGGGGCUCCUGCUACAUCGUGCGGGACGCGGCCAGAGUGUGGGUGUGGUGCGCCGCCACCGCCACUGGGGACGAGAGGGAGGUCGCCAAGAACAUGGCUGCUGCUGAACACACGCUCGUCAUGCAAGGCAAAGAGACGACGAACUUCUGGGCGGCGCUGGGUGACCGGCGGCACCUGCUGGUCGCGUCUCCUCUCAAGGAGGUGGAGCGACCGCUGCCGCCGCGCCUCUUCUACGUGUCUCUUGGCGUGCCCGGACAGUACUCUUUCGAGGAGAUAAUCUCGUUCACACAGUACGAGCUGGCGCCGGAGAUGGCGGCGGUACUGGACGCGCACUGCUCCGUGUUCGUGUGGCUCGGUGCGCACUGCUGCGCGCGCGCCAAGGAGGACGCGCGCAACAUCGCCGACACAUACCUCGCGCAGGAUCCUGCCGCUCGAGACCCCGAGACGCCCGUGCUGGUCUUGAGUCAGGGUCGAGAGCCACCCAACUUCACCGGCUUUUUCCCGCAUUGGAAACAGUCUAUGUGGAAGGGUCAUAAAACGUUCAGUGCGAUAGUAAGCGCGCUGGAAGGCAAGGCGAUAGUGCAGGGCGGCAACAGCGCACUGCAGAGCGGCAACAACGCCAACCGCUUCGACCAGCACGAGAAGUACCCGCUGGCUGUCCUACGAGGGCCUAAGGAACACCUGCCACCGGAUGUCGACCCACUCGCCAAGGAGCUGUAUCUAACUCACGACGACUUCGUGUCCACAUUCGGUAUGCCGUACAGCGAGUUCCGAGGACUGCCCAACUGGAAGCAGAAGGACCUCAAGAAGGCUGUCGGCUUGUUCUGAACACAACACAUGCUUUUAUAUACCAACUGAUCACACACACUGUUAUCAUCGUUGAAUAUAAGAUAGUAAAAAUGGUUAUAUAAUGACCUUUUUUAGAUAAGUCAUUUCUAUACAGGGUGUUAGCGACAUCGUUAUGAAAACUUUGAGGGAUGAUUCUGAGUUGAUAUCAACUAGAAUUUUCCGACAGGAAAUUCCACUUGAUAUCAACUGAGAGUCAUGAUCUGAAUCAUUUCCCUCAGUAAUCGUUAUGGUGUCACUAAUACCAAUAUGUAUUACUUGUAAGGGGUGUAAGUGACAUAAUAACGAAUAGUUAGGGUGAUGAUUGCUCUCAUUAUUCUGAGUUAAUAUCAAGUGGAAUUUUCCAUCACAAAAGUAUAGAAUUGAAAAAAAAAAUCAUAAUUUAUGCGACGGAAAAUUCCACUUGAUAUUAACUCAGAAUCAUGAUCUGAAUCAUCCCUCUCAGUAUUCGUUACGAUACCACUUACACCCCAUAUUCUAUAGUGUGGAUUUUUUUCACUGUUUGACAUAUGUGCACCAUUCCCAUUACUGUACUAUCGCCUAAUUACAAAACGAAUACUAAAAGAAGUUAGGUUUAAAAUAUAUUCCAUGUCACAAAAGAAGUCGCGCGGCUGCGUCGCUACUUUCGCAGAGUCUGCAAAGAACUAUUAUGACACAGACAGUUUGACAGUUGGGUUUCGUUAAAAUCCGCCGUCUACUUUAGUGACGCGAAUUAUUUUAACCUGGUAAGGCCCAGCUUACCAGACACAAUAGUUAAACAAUGGAGUUUGGAUUUUAAAAGAACAUUCGGUUUUACGAUAUCUUUACGCUUCGUUUCGUGGCUAGAUUCUGAGAAUCACAGUAACUUCACUAAGAUCUGCCCCAAAGCACAUCAUAUUCAGUGGAUAAUUUUAUACGAUAAGUUAAAUCAUGUUGUUAGUUAAGCGUAUGUAUCAGUAUUUUAACAAUUAGAAGUAAGUUUGUUAUGGCCACAGUGUUAUGAUAUUGCCGCACGUCAACAUUUUAUCGUGAUGCAUUUAUUAUCACUUGUUUUGUAGUGUUACGUAUAUCAAAUUUUACCACUUGUUGAAUAAUGAACGCAUCAAAUGUUAUUUAUUUAUUGUAAUUAAAAAACUAUUGUGGAAUUAAUUGAAAAAUAAAACAGUAAGAUUUUUUAAA